AAGCUAGUGCUAGUGAGAGAGAACCAAGAAACCCGAAGCAACCACCAAUCCAAACAGGCGAAGGGGAGAAAGCAAGGAAUCCCCAAUGGCUCAUCGCCGCCUCCUCCUCCCUCUCCUCCUCUCUGUGACCGCGGCCGCGGCCGCGGCCGCAGCCGCCUCCGUCAACGCCGAGGACCCCCUGAUCCGGCAGGUGGUCUACGGCGGUGAGGAGAACGACCUGGAGCUGAACGCCGAGUCCCACUUCUUGAGCUUCGUGCAGCGGUUCGGCAAGUUGUACAAGGACGCCGACGAGCACGCGUACCGGCUAUCCGUGUUCAAGGCCAACCUCCGCCGCGCUCGCCGGCACCAGCUGCUGGACCCGUCGGCGGAGCACGGCAUCACCAAGUUCUCCGACCUUACCCCCGCCGAGUUCCGCCGGACCUACCUCGGCCUCCGCAAGUCCCGGCGUGCGCUCAUCAGGGAGCUCGGGGGCUCCGCUCACGAGGCGCCCGUGCUGCCCACCGACGGCCUCCCCGACGACUUCGACUGGAGGGACCACGGCGCCGUCGGGCCCGUCAAGAACCAGGGUUCGUGCGGGUCGUGCUGGUCGUUCAGCGCGUCGGGGGCGCUGGAGGGGGCGCACUACCUCGCCACCGGCAAGCUGGAGGUGCUCUCCGAGCAGCAGAUGGUCGACUGCGACCACGAGUGUGAUUCAUCAGAACCUGAUUCUUGCGAUUCUGGGUGCAAUGGUGGGCUGAUGACUACAGCCUUCAGUUAUCUUUUGAAAUCUGGUGGCCUUGAGAGUGAAAAGGAGUACCCUUAUGCCGGGACGGACGGUCAAUGCAAAUUUGACAAAUCCAAGAUUGUUGCUUCCGUUCAGAACUUCAGUGUUGUCUCUGUGGAUGAAGAUCAAAUUGUUGCUAACCUUGUCAAACAUGGUCCACUGGCAAUUGGUAUCAACGCCGCCUACAUGCAGACAUACAUCGGUGGCGUGUCAUGCCCAUACAUCUGCGGCAGGCAUCUUGACCAUGGCGUUCUUCUUGUUGGCUAUGGCUCGGCUGGUUUCGCCCCCAUCCGCCUGAAGGAGAAGCCGUACUGGAUCAUCAAGAACUCUUGGGGCGAGAACUGGGGGGAGCAUGGGUACUACAAGAUCUGCAGGGGCUCCAACGUCCGCAACAAGUGUGGCGUCGACUCCAUGGUUUCUACAGUGUCCGCUAUCCAUGCCUCUAAGGAGUAGACUCUGAUCAGUUGCCCUCCUGAUGUUAAUCGUAAUUUGGUACUAUGCUAAUAACUUUAAUACCUGCUAGUAGCUAGGCUCCAUCUGUGCGCAGUUAUAUAUAAGGCAGCAAAGAUGUGAAGCUGCAACAAACAGAAUGCUUCUAUAAGUUCAUGAUUGUGACAGCCGGAUUUUUUUUCCA